AUGCUACGCUCAAUUAUCUUUUCCCUUGCAUUCUUCAACCAUACUCCAGCUGCUACAAGUAUAUCUUCUUACCUGCCACCACCUUACUAUAACUGUUCAAUCAACAACACUUACGAACCCAAUAGCACCUACAAUACCAACCUUGAGACUCUUCUGUCAUGGCUUUCCUCUGAUGCCACAAACACCUCCCAAAUCUACAGCACCAGCAUUGUAGAAGGCAGCACUUCUUCAGACACCAUCUAUGGUCUUUUCAUGUGCACAAUAGGAGAUGGGGAUCCUAAUUGUAAAGAUUGCGUGAUAAACUCAGCCAAGGUGAUAAAAAAACUGUAUCCCAUGGCAAAGGAAGCCAUGCUUUGGGCUGAUAAUUGCUUCAUGCGUUACUCCAAUCAUUAUUUCUUCACCACAGUCGAAGAGAUUCCUAAACUUAUCUUCAUGAAUGAACAAGACUACGGGGGACAGGUUGGCCAGUUCAACAGCAUACUCUGGGAAACCAUGGACUAUGUGAUUUUUAUAACAGCGAAUGCUCCUUCUGGCAUUAUGAAGUAUGGUUACAAGUUAGAGAACAUCACAGCUAAACAAAUGCUAUAUGCAAUGGGAUAUUGUAUCCUAUACCUUUCCUAUGACAACUGUUGUUGGUGUCUCAGCGAUGCCAUAGCAGAAAUUCCAACCUCUUGUUGUAGAGCUAAAAUUGGAGGAAGAGUUAUUUACCCCACUUGCGGUGUUAGAUAUGAAUUAUAUCCAUUUUACCAUUCAAUGGCUUCAGCAAAACACUCGUAA